CCAUCACCAUCACCAGAGCAGGAUGGGUUUGCUAAGCGAAGGAAGUCCUUUGACGUGGGACGAAACGAAGGCACUGGCGCAGCACGUCCGCGAGCACGGAAUCGAGCAGUUUAUCAAUCUGUUCGCGCGCCUUAAAGACCGCCAGGGUGAUGUGCUGAAGUGGGGUGACGAGGUGGAGUACAUAAUUGUCCGCUUCGAUGAUAAGCAGCGCGCGGUGCAGGUAUCGCUCCGUGCACCAGAAAUUCUGGCUAAGCUGAACGAAAAGGAAGCGGCCGAUCCGCAAGGAGUAAAAUCGCUCUGGCGCCCGGAAUAUGGAGCGUACAUGAUCGAAGGUACGCCCGGCAAACCGUACGGUGGACUUCUGGCCCAUUUCAAUGUCGUCGAGGCAAAUAUGCGCUACCGGCGAAUGGAGGUGGCCGCUCUGCUGCCGGAAAAUGAAGUCGUAAUGUCGAUUACAAGCUUCCCACGGUUGGGCUGUCCGGGAUUUACGUUCCCGCACGCCGUCCCGACACCGGACGAUGAAUCGUGUGCUGCACGGUCAAACUUUUUCCCCGACGAAGCCAUCUUCCCUGGGCAUCCACGAUUCAAGACGCUCACGCGCAAUAUUCGUCAACGGCGGGGUGAGAAAGUGUCAAUCAAUUUGCCGGUCUUUCCUGACCGUGAUACAAAGGUGCCGGUACAGGGAAGCAUACCAUCCCACCCAAACUACGUGCAUAUGGAUGCGAUGGGUUUCGGUAUGGGAUGUUGCUGUUUGCAGCUUACGUUCCAGGCGUGUAAUAUUAGCGAGGCACGUACGCUAUACGAUCAGCUAACGCCGAUGUGUCCGAUUAUGUUGGCGCUGACGGCGGCAAGUCCGGCGUAUCGAGGAUUUCUUACCGAUGUGGACUGCCGGUGGAACGUGAUUUCGGCAUCGGUCGAUUGUCGAACGCGCGAGGAACGUGGCGAAGUGCCGCUGAAGAACGAUCGGUUCCGCAUUUAUAAAUCGCGUUACGAUUCAAUCGAUUCGUACCUAUCGCCGGCGGGAGAGAAAUACAACGAUGUGCCUUUGGUGCUGGACGACGCACUCUACAAGCGACUCCGCGAUGGCGACAUUGAUCAUCUGCUGGCGCAACAUAUCGCCCAUCUCUUCAUACGCGACUCGGUAUCGCUGUUUAGCGAGAAGAUCCACCAGAACGAUCGCGAGGACACGGAUCACUUCGAAAACAUUCAAUCAACCAACUGGCAAACGAUGCGCUUUAAGCCACCGCCACCGAACUCAUCGAUCGGCUGGCGCGUCGAGUUCCGGCCGUGCGAGGCACAGCUGACCGACUUUGAGAAUGCGGCCAUCGUGUGCUUUGUCGUACUGCUGACUCGUGUCAUACUUUCGUAUCAGCUCGAUUUCCUUAUUCCCAUCAGCAAGGUGGACGAAAACAUGCAAAACUCGCAGAAACGUGGUGCGGUACUGACGGAACGGUUUUGGUUCAAGAAAAACAUUACCGCCAUACCGCCCGGUCCGGCCCGCCAGCAGCCGGAUGGUGAUGAGACACAACGAACAUCGACCGAACAACAGCAGCUACAAAAUGGCACCACCGAGGAUUCGGCAGCCACUGAUUCGGGCACGGAUGAGUAUGAGCUGAUGACGAUCGAUCAGAUUAUUAAUGGGAAGGGAACAUUCCCGGGACUGGUGCCGUUGAUUAACAGUUAUCUUGGUUCGAUGGAUGUCGAUGCGGACACACACUGCACGAUUCAGCAGUACCUGAAGCUGAUACAGAAACGUGCGUCCGGUGAGCUGAUGACGACAGCGAGCUGGAUACGUCAGCAAGUCGUGUCACAUCCCGAAUACAAAAAUGAUUCCGUCAUCAGCGAGGGCAACUGUUACGAUUUGCUGCGAAAGGCGAAGGACAUCCAGGACGGCGUGCUGCCUUGCCCGGAACUGCUCGGCAACAACAUUAGCUCCAAAACGACGGACAACAUUCCGGCUGCCAUCGAGAAGCAUCUUACCAAGCGCUGUUAGUA